GUCAACGUUAACGUCUCUUAUGUCAUUAGUGUCACAUUUUGUUGAUUUUGUUACAGUUGAAAACGCUUGUUUUCGUUUUAAUAUUUAAUCGUUAAUGUGACCACUUAUAGUUUCUUAUAAAAUAUUACAACAAUAACUGAUUAAAUAUAAUCAACACCAUGACAGCCGCGGACAAUGAGUAUCCUAAGGCUUCAAACGCGACGCUCAUCGGAGCCAGCCUAACGUAUGUCGCUGGCCUAUUUCUCCUGUUAUCAUUUGCCGGUCCCUAUUGGAUCGAGUCGUAUCCUGAAAUGUUUUCAAGUUUCAAACACAUGGGCUUAUGGGAGUACUGUUUCGAUCGUUUUCGUUUCCCUUCAUAUCAGUUUGAUAAACUGUUUCAUGGGUGCCACUACAUCUUUAGUGAGGAAUUCUAUGUGAUCCGAGAAUGGUUGCUGCCUGGAUGGUUGAUGGCAGUGCAGUCAUUUGUGACCUUGGCUUUGAUAUUGUCUUUCUCAUCUCAAGUAUUGCUGGCAUGUGUUAUAGUGAGAUGGCCACUCCGCACUGUGUUGCGUUAUGAAUGGAUUUUUGUUACUUCUGCCUUCAUUAUGGUAGCUAUUGCAAGUGUGUUCCUGUUUCUGGCAGUAGCCAUAUUCGGUGGGAACUGCUAUCGUCGUGACUGGCUGCUGUACCCUUCUUUCAAUGUUCUGUCAUGGUCAUAUGCUUUUGCUGUAGUUGCCUUUAUUUUGUUUGGAGCUGCAGCUAUUCUUCUAUACUUGGAAUCCCGAAAGCUUUAUGAACUUCGUUUGGAAGCAAAGAAUUUGGUGGCCCAGAUGCAACACAGUCAGCCUGAACAUGCCCUGCAUCAGUUGCGUGACCAGUUGCAGCAGCAACGUCAAAUGGGUUACAUGUAAAAUCAAACUAAAUUACAUAUUUUUCGAUGUACUUUAAACACGUAGCUCUAUAUUGAACACAAAGUAGAACAUAUUUUUAUGAUUCUUUAGGUAAUUAAUAUACAGGUUCGUUAACAAUAUUCAACAUAAUCUCAGGCUAAGGCCGCAAGAUGGUUAUUUCCGAGCGUGCGGUUAACCACCCUCACCGCGAAUCCGCAAAACUGACUGCUAUAGUUUUUCAACCUUUAUUCCCACCACAAAGUUAUUAUGCAGCAAUGACUUGCAAAUCUUAGGGUUGCCACAAUUUUGUAACAUUUCAUAGUUUUAAUUAGUCGCAGUAAAUACUUGCGACUGUUUGUAUUCAUUGUCUUGUUUAACGAACUCGCCGCACUGAUUUAACUGAAGUGCUGUUUUUUUGCACCAUGAUUGUCUUUGAGAUAGAAAACAAUUACACAGCUGUCAAUAAAAUAAAAGCUUGUGAUGCAACUAGACACGAGUUCCAACAUGUUUACGUAAGAUUACUAAAUCUUGUCACUAGUAUUCUACACACCGAGUGCGCAAUAUUACGUACAGUAUUUACCACAUGCCUUGAUUUUCCAAGGAGGACUAAUAGUCUUCCUGUGUUUUUUUUACAUUUCAAAUUAUUCACAAGUGCGUGAAGGGCAAAACUUCAGUUUUAUAUAACUGAUAGAAUCUCAAGAAAAGACAAUGCUGUUUUAAAUGUUAGGCCUUAACAUAUUUUACUGGAUUUGUGUUGUAAUGUAAUUAGGUUAAUUGGUUUUAUUUUCACUCUAUGUACUUAUGUAUUUUGCCGUCCAUUAAUAAUCUCAAGUGACUUUUAGCUAUGAAUUGAAUUAGGAAUUAAUUUUAUAUUUAAGUAUGAUUCAUUUAUUUUGCACUUUACAAUUUUAAUUUUUUGACUGAAUUUUUUGUUCUGUAUGAGUAUCAGUAAUUAUUAUUUUUAAGUUAUACUUAAUACUAAGUAUUGUAAUAUGUACAAGAAUGACAUUGUAUUAUUUUUUUUUCUAUGUAAGUUUACAUUUUUUUCUUAACAAUUAGUUUUUGUAUGUGUAUGGUAUUUGCUUAAUCGAAAUAUAUUUAAAUUUAAUUAAGUUUUGAUGAAAAAACAUGAACAUGUACCUAAUGAAAUGAAAUGAGUGCCUUGAAGAAAAUUAAGCAGCUGUAAACAGUGCCUUCGUGUAUCACAGUUGUUAGUUAUAACAAAUCCGUCCGAAAAGUAAUCUCAUUUGUAUGCCAUUCCAAGGAUGAGCCCUGAUUUUAUGUAC